CGCUGUGGAGCGGGACCUGGAUGAGCCAUAAAGCUGCCCUUGUCUUUCCAACACAGCGUUGUUGUGUAUCUACAUAACGAGUGCUCUGUGCCUGGGCUCUGUAGAGCCAGCUGUGCCGUGUGCGCUAGGUUGAUCUGUCGCAUUUGUCUCCAGAGGAGAAAUGGAGGGUCGAGCAUGCUCGGAUGCAUGCCAAGCACCGUGGUCACGAAGCGAUGCAUGCGGAAAUGGUCCUCAUCCUCAUCGCCACGUUAGUAGUAGCACAGCUCCUAUUGGUACAAUGGAAACAGAGGCACCCUCGCUCCUACAAUAUGGUGACCCUCUUUCAGAUGUGGGUUGUUCCUCUUUAUUUCACAAUGAAGCUGCACUGGUGGCGGUUCCUGGUGAUCUGGGUCCUCUUCUCCACCGUCACAGCCUUCAUCACAUUCAGAGCCACCCGUAAACCUCUCGUGCAAACAACUCCCAGGCUGGUGUAUAAAUGGUUUCUGCUAAUAUACAAGAUGAGCUACGCUACUGGAAUUGUUGGGUACAUGGCUGUAAUGUUCACACUCUUUGGUCUUAACUUAUUAUUCAGAAUCAAACCAGAAGAUGCGAUGGAUUUUGGCAUUUCACUCCUAUUCUACGGGCUUUAUUAUGGGGUACUGGAGCGGGACUUUGCUGAAAUGUGUGCAGACUAUAUGGCAUCAACCAUAGGGUUUUACAGCGCGUCGGGAAUGCCGACUAAGCACCUUUCGGACAGCGUCUGUGCUGUGUGCGGACAGCAGAUCUUCGUGGACGUCAAUGAAGAAGGGAUCAUAGAGAACACGUAUAGACUCUCCUGCAAUCAUGUAUUUCACGAGUUCUGUAUCCGAGGCUGGUGCAUCGUGGGGAAGAAGCAGACGUGUCCAUACUGCAAAGAGAAGGUGGACCUCAAGAGGAUGUUCAGCAACCCCUGGGAACGGCCGCACGUCAUGUACGGACAGCUGCUCGACUGGCUGCGCUACCUCGUGGCCUGGCAGCCGGUUAUAAUCGGACUGGUACAAGGCAUUAACUACAUCCUGGGUCUGGAAUAAUCCGUGUGGCCGGGGAGCCGCAGAGCUGCUUCAAGGAGGACCCGCGUCAAGGGCAGAGGACAACAGCUGGCCGGGAAGACUCAAAAGUUUUUAUCACUCACCUCUCAGGAUCUCGGCCAUCCAUGCAACACUUCUCCAGGGGCUGCCCGAAGACUGGGCCGGGCAGCUCCCAGCACGGCGAGUUUCUGCCGGGGCUGGAGCGGGCAAUUCUUUUUUAAAGCGAUUAUUUUAAUGAGCAUAUUUAAAACUUUAUAUUGCAGAUUCAAGAGGGUUUCCUUUUUCCCUCCUCGCCCUUUAUUGUGUUAUUCCUCUAGAAUGAAGAAAGGCACGGCGUGUUAGGAAGCUAGCAGGGUCUGCUCACGGAAACUCGGCACAGCUUGCUAGGUCUUCUUGCGCAGUCAGGCUCAUCCCCAUCCUUUGUCGUCUGCUUAGUUUUGUUCUUCCUCCCUCUUGCCAGCAGCUCCGCUAUCAGGGGGCGGACGGCUCCUGCAGCUUCGUUCGCUGCAAGACCCAACUGGAUUCCCACCUGAGCAGCGGUAGGGUGAAUGCCACUGCCAGGAGCAGCCGGGCCUGCAGUGAACUAGGCCUGGAGUUGCACAUCUGCACUUGGGAGACGCAGGGCUUACAUUGCAGGCACUGCACCUAUGCGCGUAACACCCCGGGAGUCCAGCACUGCUGCGAGGGGCAGAUGCUGACGGGAAACACACAGAUGAAGGCUCAUUGUGGAAGUGCAGUAGCACGGCGUAGCAGACUACAGCAGCGGGAGGGCAGCAUCGAAGUCCUGCAUCGUGCUUUCAUUUGAAAGGAGGGAGACCGCAGCCAAGGGGCCUCAGUUGCCUUCAGUGAAAACCAGUAAGGAAUAGAUUAACUCCUAACAGUUCCCCCUCUCGGUGAUCCAUACAAAGGAAAUAAAUCCACUGACCCGACUGAGACCAGGAACUCAGUCUGGCUCAGAAGAAAGCAACGAUUUUUUUUCUAGCUUCAUAGUUUUGUGCCGUGCUUUAUUUUCUCCAUGCUGACGAGACCCCAUUUUCCCCUUCGCACGCCCACAUGCCUCUUUCUCUCCGUAGCAGCGAGCUGUGACUUGGUACUUCCCAAGAGUAGAGGAAGCGGCAGGCAUCAGGUUGCUCCCCACCUUGUCUUUUUGGGCGCCCUCGGGGUAAAAAGGCCACUUCUGCCUGGUGCAUGGAGGUCUGAGCCAGCUACCAAAGCAAGCUCCAGGGACUUGUGCAUCUCUGUGGGAGCAGGCAGGACCUGGCCCACUUGUGUAUCAUGGGAUGUGCAAGGACGGAAAAAGGAGCGAUAGGGUUUGUACAUUUAAGUCUGGCUUAUGGGUCACGCAUCGUAGGCUUCCUCUGUGAGUUAUCCCACAUUAGUCAAUAGGUCUCUGCGGAGGAAGGUCACCAAUCAUCCCAAGCGAGGGUCUGACCGACGCAGCUCAAAGGGACGUAUCCCAUUAUGUUGGUAACAGCCAUCAAAGCAACAGUGUCUUGGUCACUGGAGAUCGAUCUUUCUGCACAGCUGCCAUGGGGAAAG